AUGUCUACAGAAGCUGCACAACUUGCACAAGUGCUGGAACAAACAAUUCUGAGCCCUGAUGCUACCGUGCGUUUACAAUGCGAAACACAAUUGAAAAAACUAUCAAACGAAAAUUUUCUGCAGUAUGUUGGCUUGCUAGCGCUUGUGUUGGGCGAUGGAAGCAAUAGACUUGAAGCCCGAAUUUUGGCUGCUCUUACACUGAAAAACGAGCUUGUCAGUAAAGAUUCAGUAAAAACGCAACAAUUGGCUCAAAGGUGGGUCUCACAAGUGGACGAAUCGUCAAGAAGUGCGAUCCGUAACUAUGCGUUGUCAGGCCUCAUGGACCCAGAACCCCGUGUGGCCAAUGCAUCUGCCCAGUUGAUCGCUGCCAUUGCAACAAUUGAACUUCCUCGCAAUGACUGGCCCGACUUGAUGAAAAUUAUGGUUGACAAUACUGCAGCUCAGCAACCGGAAAAUGUUAAACGUGCAUCUCUGUUAGCCUUGGGAUACAUCUGCGAAGCUGCCAAUCCCGGCUCCGAAAGCUUGGUUGCUCAAUCAAAUAACAUUUUGAUUGCUAUUGUUCAAGGUGCUCAGGCCAGUGAACCUUCUAAAGCUGUGAGAUUAACAGCGCUAAAUGCUCUUGCGGACUCGCUCGCUUUUAUCAAGAAUAACAUGGAAAGAGAGGGAGAACGUAACUACCUCAUGCAAGUUGUUUGCGAAGCCACCCAAACGACUGAUGACUCCGAAAUACAGGCAGCUGCAUUUGGUUGUUUGUGCAAGAUUAUGUCACUAUACUAUUUCCUCAUGAAACCGUACAUGGAGCAAGCCUUGUAUGCUUUGACCGUGUCCACAAUGCAGUCUCAAGACGAGAAGGUUGCGUCAAUGGCUGUCGAAUUUUGGUCCACUAUUUGUGAAGAGGAGAUCGACAUUGCUUAUGAACUAGCCCAAUUCCCACAGUCACCCUUGCAAAGCUUCAAUUUUGCGCUAACCUCCAUUCAAGAAGUCAUUCCCAAUCUACUAAAUCUGCUGACACGACAGAAUGAAGACGCUGAAGAUGACGAUUGGAACGUGGCUAUGUCUGCGGGCGCCUGUCUACAGCUUUUUGCUCAAAACUGUGGCAAUUACGUGGUUGAACCCGUGCUACGAUACGUCGAACAGAACAUCACUAGUGAGGACUGGAGAUGCCGCGAAGCCGCCGUCAUGGCCUUUGGUUCGAUACUGGAUGGACCUGAUAAAGUUCAGCUCACCAAUUUGAUUCACCAAGCCCUCCCGCCCAUUCUGAAUCUGAUGAAAGAUCAAUCUUUGCAAGUUAAAGAGACUGUUGCAUGGUGUACCGGUCGUAUCGCAGAUCUAGUUGUUGGAGCUAUUGACCCACAAACUCAUCUGCCCGAUGUCGUACAGGCCUGUUUGCAAGGUCUCGAAGAUCACCCCAAAGUGGCCACUAAUUGCGCGUGGACAAUCAUCAACUUGGUGGAACAAAUGGCCGACACGCAAGGCUCGCCCAUUUACAACUAUUAUCCUAUCCUUGUGGAAGCACUGAUAAAGGCCGCAAAUCGUGUCGAUAAUGAAAAUAGUGCUCGUGCUUCUGCUUUUUCGGCUUUGACCACAUUAGUUGAGUUCUCUACCGACCAAGUUGCAGACUCGGCCAUUUCAAUUUCUUCCUUCAUUUUGGAUAAACUAGGACAAAGUAUGACGGUGGACGAAACCCAGCUCAACAUUGAGGAGAAGCAAAACUUGGAAGAGUUGCAAUCUAAUGUAUUGAGCGUUUUGUCAGCCGUUAUUCGCAAAAACCCCGCCUCUGUGACCUCGGUUUCCGAUAUGUUGAUGGAUCUCUUCAUCAAGCUGCUAGAUAAGAAGGACACCACCUACGUGGAGGAUGACGUUUUUUACGCCAUCUCCUCAUUAGCCGCUGCACUGGGCAAGGGUUUCGAGAAGUACUUGGAGACGUUCUCGCCAUACUUGGUGAACGCUCUAAAUCAAGUUCAAUCGCAGGUGUCAAUCACAGCGGUUGGGUUGAUUGCAGAUAUCUCGAACUGCUUGGAAGACGAUUUUAAACAGUUUGCGCCUGCAUUUAUGAACGUACUGGGCCAAAUGAUCUCCGCCAACAAUGCCAAAAAAGAGCUAAAACCUGCAGUGCUAUCGGUGUUUGGCGAUAUCGCAUCGAACAUCGGACCUGAUUUUAUCCCAUACCUCAACCAGGUCAUGGCACUUUGUGUUGCCGCUCAGAAUAGCAGACCUGAAAAUGCGUCUUUGGAGGCUCUUGAGUACAACGUCAAAAUUCAUGAGUCUGUUCUGGACGCAUAUGUGGGAACCGUUGCGGGUCUGCAUGCCAAUCCCGAUGCCCUGUUCCCUUAUGUGGGUACGCUGUUCCAAUUCAUGAGUCACAUCGCCGAUAAUCCUACCCUCAACAGUGAGGAUUCCACGGCCAGAGCAGCCGUUGGGAUCAUUGGGGACGUGGCUGCCAUGUUCCCUGACGGCAGAAUUAAACAAUUCUACUCUCAGGAAUGGGUCAGUGAGUUUAUCAAGAAAACCAGAAGUAAUCCUACUUUCAGUCAAUCUACCAAGGAUACCGCAAGAUGGGCCAGAGAACAGCAAAAGGUUCAAAUUGGCUUAAGGUAA